UAUAGCCUUUCUGAAAUACUCCUGAAAAAGCAACUUGCAAGCAGUCAGCAGUAAUGAGAAAAAUGAACUCUUUUCUUUGCUUUGAAAGCCUAGACAAAAUAAGAAAAAGGGGAAAAGCCCAAAACACCAUGCAGAUAUCUUUAAAAACAACAGUUGCCUGGGCUAAACAGAGAGAACAAUGUAACUAAGGUGGAACAACUACCAUUUAGUACAGUAAUGAGGGAAUUGCUAUUUGAUAGUGAUAGUUUCAAACCAUGGAAUGAGGCUUUUGAGACCCAUGACAGGACUUUAAAAACAUCUGUAUGAUUUUAUGUAGCAUUUAUUGAGUAUUUGGAAGCACAUGAGGAGGUCUCUGAAGUGCUGUAUUCAUGCAGAGUGCAAAAAGAAAAAAAAAAAAAGCCUCGUAGCAGUUCAGAGUCAGUGAGUUGUUUUGUCUUGUCAGUGGAGAAUGCUGGAUCACACAGCUAAGUUCCCUUCAUCACUCAUUCCUUAAGAGAAUGUUGUCAGUAGAAGCACUGAAGUGGUUUUAUUCCUGCAUUUGAAAGCCUUUCUCUCUGUCCCAGAACUUCUGAUUAAUCAGCUAAUAUUGUGGCCGUGUGCCUGUGUUUUUGUGCUGUUUCUUCUCCCAGGAGUGCUCUUCCAACUAGCAAACAACAAAAAGUAAAAAAAAAAUUAAAAAAAAAAAGGAAAAAAAAAACAGUGAUGAAAAAUAAAAUGAAUACCCUUAAUGUAUUUGCAGCUAAAUAAGCAAGUACAAUCAAUUAAGUAAAUUAUAAGUAGGAGCUUUUCCCCACAGAAUCAUAGAAUCACAGAAUUAUUAAGACUGGAACAGACCCCUGAGAUCAUCAAGUCCAGCCUAUGACCUGGUACCACCACAUUAGCCAGACCAUGGCACAAAGUGCCACAUUCAAUCUUUCCUUAAAGACCUCCAGAAUCAGAGGUCAUUUCUCAAACCCUGUCUCCCUGGGUGAAAAUUAUCUCCCUGCUCUAAAAAUUUAUUUAAAACUGUAUGGAAGUGCUAAAACACCAAUUACACAAGAACACUAAAUUGGUAGGUGUCACCUUUCCCUGUUACAGACAUGGAUUUCACCCUAGAUUCAUCUUCUCUACAUAUUUUUCUCCUUGCAGGCUUGUUAGGAGAUCAAUGCCAAGCACGAGAGAGAAUAUCAAUCUAUAACCAAUCAGAAGUCCAAACUUUGAAGGUCUUGAUGUGUUUCGGUAACUAUUUUGUGGCAGGUGGAUGGAGAAAAAAGAAAUUCGGAAGUGGAAGAGUGGAGAUAGGAAUAGCAACAGUAACAUACCUGUAAUUUUUCUAAAGCCUGCUUUUUGCAGAUUGUGUUCCCCUGGAGCUACUGGAGGCAGACAAAGACAGAAGAGGCUGAAGGAACUGAAACAGAGGGAGUUUGCUCGAAACGUAGCAUCGAAGUCACGUAAGGAUGAAAGGAAACAGGAGAAAGCCCUUCAACGUCUGCACAAGCUGGCUGAGCUAAGGAAAGAGAGAGUGUGUGCUCCUGGAAGUGGCCCCAUGUUCAAAUCCACUACAGUGACUGUGCGAGAUCAUUGCAGUGCUAGCCCGCAAAGUGUUGCUGCGGAUUCUGCCAGCCAGCAGGAGAUCAGCUGUACUCUAGUGCACAAAGCACAGAACUGCAAAGACAUGGCUUCUGUUAUUUCUUCCACUCCUGGAAAUGCAUGUGGGAACAAAUCUGACCCUAGCAAAUGUGUAGAUCAGGUUCAAGGAGCUCAAGGACAUAAAGUUGGGUUCUCUUUUGCUUUUCCAAAGAAAGCAGCUGUCAAACUGGAGUCUUCAGCUGCUGUUUUCUAUGAAUUUAAUGAUGAGGCAUCUAUGGAGCAUGGAUUUAGUAGAAGAAGUAGAUUUGUUCCAGGAGCAUGUAACCUUCAGUCACCUUCAGUGACAGAAAUAGUCCUGUGUUCUGAGGAGAAACAUAACUAUUUUCAUCCACUGGUGGAAAAAUGCACAGGCACAGCAGAAGCUUCUGAAGCUCAGAAGGAGCUGGCCAGUGAAGAAAGUGGGGUGCUGGAGAGUCCUGUAUUACAUCCUGCUAUGUCCCACUCAAAGCAGCUGCUGUCCUCAGACAUGGAUGGCUACAUCGUUGAUGUAAGCAGAGCAGACUUGCCAGACCAAAUGCUGCCAGCAGUUGAGGACAGUGCUAUGGUGCUGCCCCUGGACUGCAGUGGUUAUGAGCUGCAGGCAAAUGGGGCUCUCAUGCAGGCAGUUGUGGAGGAUUCUUUAUCUCUGCAGGAUGCUGUGGAGGAAAACAGUAAAGACAGGAAUAGGGAUUCAUCCACACCUGAAACAGAAAUUAAAAAAAUAGAGACAGAUACAUUAGUUCAGUUGGCAUCUGAAGAUGGUCAUAGUGGAGCCCCACAAAGCAAACCAGAUGUGUGCAAGAGACCUUAUGAGCCCUUUGUUCCUGUUCUUAGCAAACAUGGGUCAAAUAUUCUUCAGUGGCCAUCAGAAAUGUUAAUUUACACAAGUACAGAUCCUAAAAUUUCUUAUAGUUGUAAUCCUUUAUAUUUUGAUUUCAAGUCAUCCAGAGCAAGUAACAGCCAAGAAAAACCCAAGUAUCCAUCAAACAUGCCUUAUAUGAACCACAAAACUGAAACCAACCAUAGCCCAGUCUCAGAUUUUACAAAUAAAGCUACUUUAGAGUGUGUUGAUUAUGAAGCAGAAACAAAUAAAAAUGUGUGCAGCUAUACAAUGCCUCUUACAAGUGAUGUCUCCUUCAUCAGAAAACGUGAUCUUGCAAAAAAUCAAAAUAAAGUGUCCUUGGAUGAGCCCUUCAGGAUUAGAAAAAUAGAAAAAUAUCACAUUUCUAAAAAUCACUUACAACCAAACACUGUGAUAGAUGAGAAGCAUAAAAUCUGGAUCAAAGAAAGCCAUGAAAAAUGGCUUCACAAAAGCAGAAAAUGGAAAAAGAGAAGAAAAUUAUGUCACUGUCAUCAUCAUCACUGUGGAGAUACAACAGCAGCAGAAAUGGAGAUGUCCUCUGUGACUGACAAAGAAAUUAGCUACAGAGAUGAGAAUAAGUAUCAACACCUCCAAAACAAUCCAGAGAAGUGCAGGCAUGAUGCAGGGAAUAUCUGGCUAGCUACAGAUGAGAUACAACAGUUGCGUCAAACUCUUGGCAUUGAGAAUGGUCAUAAGAGAGUCCUGUCUGUGUCACCUCAUGUGCACAGGGACAGAGGCUGGUGUGACAUCUGGAACAUAAGAAAUAGCAGCCAUCACCAUGGUUGUAAACGACUGCACAGGAGCAAAGCAAGCUGCUGGAGGCAGGCAAAGCAACUGGCUCUGAGUUCCAGGAUGUACAACUUAAGAUGCUCCAAAAUGUGUUGCAGCUGGAAAGUCAGGAGAUCAAGCUGUAGCACAGAGCAUAAAUGUUUAGGCCACUGCAGUGAGGAGAAGAGUUCGAUUCAAAACCAGUCCAUGAAGAGGGGUUGCAACGUUCUGACAGAAGAACCUGAAAAGCCUCUCUGCAAGCGGAGGCAGCGCACCUCUUCCUCCUCAUCAGACGACAGCUCCUAUGGACAGGCAUUAGCAGCAGAAGAGUAUCUAAGGCAAACACAUGCACAUCACAAGGCAAAAGGAAAAUGCAGGAGAAGGAAAACGAGAACCCAUCACAUAUUCCUUGAGAAGAGUGCAAGGAGUGAGACCUCCAGAUCUUCCAGAGAAAAUUCUGCACAUUUCGCCUUAAAUAUUUCGGAGGACUUCUUGACUCAAGACAGUCUAAAGGAAGGUAGUGCAGAUCACAAAGCUGACCACACAAAAGACACAGAGGAAGCAACGCAACUGGAGAAGAAAAGCAAAACAUCUCUAGAAACAGAUGGCUCACCCAUGCUGGAAGAUGGCAAACUGAUGACACACACAGUGAUGGAGAGCACUCCAAGUACAUUUUCUGAUACCACUGCAGGUUCUGCUGCUGCUGUUGCUGCUGAGUGCAGUGCUCCAGCAGCUGCUGGCACCCAGGAUGUUCCUCCACGAGAGGAAAAGAAGAAAGAAAAUGUCAACAGUCAUGAAAAUCAAACUCAUUACAAACUUCCCCUCCCCAGCAGACAUUUGGAACAGGCUCCUCCUAAAUCCUAUAUUUGCCCUUACGAACUGGCCGAGUCUCUGUCGCAUGAGAAGAUGAAUGAAGUGGUGAGUGAAUGGGUGCCGUGCAACCCUGGUGUCUUUGGCAGCCCAUCCCCCUUGCCCUUCAAAGAAGCACAUGGAAACAGUCACACGUUUAUAGCUACUGAGCAGUUAAUAGCCCCCUUUCCCCUGCCCGACGAGACACUGAUAUUCCCUCCAGAGAGCCAUGGAAAGUUCAAAGAUCUGCCAUCCGAGGCCUACCAACAGAUCAUCCCACAAAACAUGCUGGCCAGCAAAGUGAAGUUCUCCUUCCCUCCUGCAGCCAUGCAGCCCCCGAGCUCCCCGCUGCAGGCCUUGCCCUUGCAGCCACCACUGUGUUCUACCUCUGUUACCACCAUACAUCACACCAUCCUACAGCAGCAUGCUGCCGCUGCUGCCAGUACCCUGAAGGUUCUCCAGCCCCACCAGCAGUUCCUUUCACAGGUCCCUGCUCUAUCCAGAGCUCCCUUACCUCACCUACCCGUAGGGCCAAGACUUUGCCCAGCGAGUCACACGGCCUUUGUAACCCCACCGCAUAUGCCACUGCUGCCACCUUCAGUCCUGCACCCAACCCAGCUGGCAUUUGCCCCGCUGCCUCACACCGUCUUCCCUUCCCUGCUGUCCCCACACCCAGCUGUCAUCCCCUUGCAGCCCCUCUUUUAGGACAGCUUCUUGGGGAUGGGAAAAGGAGCCUUCAGAUAAAUGGCAGCCCCAUUUCUGCAGCCCCUUUGACUUUGCAAAAUGGUUCUGUGAAAUCAACUGGUUGAAAUUUGCCCCCUUGCUUCAGAAGCAUUUACCUUAAGUAUAAGGAUGCAAACCUUCAUGUAAAGUUCAGACCUAUAUUAUAACUAAAGCACUGAGUAGCCUGAUACUAAUAUGAACUCUCUAUAUAAAGUGAAGAAUCAUGUCUUAGAAUAUGUAUAAUGUAUAUAAAAUAUAUUUAUAGUUCUAUAACUUAUGUUGUAAAGUAUUCACUUUUUCUUUUUUUAUCUUUGUGUAUUUGCACCUAUUUAAUGUUUAGACAAAGCUGAUGCACUAUGUUUUGUACUAUGUUCUCUGAAAAUCUAGUGACAAAUUAUCUCUUGCAAUAAAUUUUUUGUUAACUACUUCAAGUAUAUAAAAAAUUCUUCAUUGUAAACCUCAUGGAUGUGCUUCUUCCAUGUUCUUUUGCAGCUGAGCAGCAUCCUCUGGCCCUACUGUGUUGGAAUAAUCAAGUUUCCUAUAUGUCAGUGAUUUAUUAGGGAGGCUGAGAGGCUAAUACCUUGAGGGCAGUUGUCUUACUGAGCAAGAGAGAAAGGGCAAUAGAUCUGUUGUGUUAAAGGUUUGAUGUCACUGUGACAGAUUUUCCCUGCUUGUAGCACAUGCACAAACUGCUGACUGUUGGAGCACAAAAAGACAAGGUAACAAAAAUACCACCAGUGAUGGGGGGCAAGGGGAAAGAAGAGAAAACAGCAACGUCAGUUUGACUUCAAGGAAAUACUGCUUACAACAACAGUGUAGAGCAUGGGAAAGAUCUUGAUUCCACCAACCAUGUUUUCUCUGGUUGACCAGACCUCAGUGAGUGGGACAUCUGUUGGAGUGAAGGUCCUCACUGCCUGUGCAUUGUGUGAAGAUAGCAAGAAGGGGAGUUCAGAGAGAGCUUCACACAGGGAAUCCACCAGGGAUUAAUUCAGAUUCUAACCCUCCCUCUUUUCCCACAGCAUUUUGAUAAAGACAUAGAAUAGCAGUAGAAAUCAAUAAUAAUGAUAAUAUCCUGCUAUUAUCUCUAAGUAUAUUUCAGAGCCCUCUCUCUACCUCUGUAACCUUUUUAUUGCUGUCAAACUUUGUCUGGCUUUCACCCAUAUAAUCUUCCCUUUUACUGUAGUAUGAGAUACAUCAGGCCCACGCCCGCAAUUGUCCAGUGGUUCUGAGGUAGAGCCAAUUCUAAGUUAAAAUGAGCAUGAAGCUAAGGAUUUGCAUCAUGGCUGUUACUGCUAGAAGUAGGCUCUCCAUAAUUAAAAGUAGGUGCUCACUCACUAGUUAAUGACUUGUUUGCAUCAUUUUACAUAGUAGAAUGAAAGUAUAAACAAUUGAAAGAAUAGUCAUUUGAGAACAUUAAUAGACAUUGUAUAUUAAUAGUUAAAGACAUUGUCUGUUUGAAAAGUAAUAUUCACCCUAAAACUUACAGAAUCACAUAGAAUGGUUUGGGUUGGAAAAGACCUCCGAAGGUUACCCAGUCCUACCUUCCCUGCAGUCAGCAGGGACAUCCUCAACUAGAUCAGGUUGCCCAGAGCCCUGUUGAGCCUCACCUUGAAUGUCUCCAGGGACUGGGCCCCAACCACCUCCCUGGACAACCUAUUUCAGUGCUCAACCACCCUCGUUCCUUUUAAUGCUAGAGCUGUUUGUAUCUGUGGCUCCAUAUGUGAAAGCAAAGCCAAUAUAAAAAUAAAUCACAAGUUAGCUUAAAAUUGAACACACUAAAUUAAGUGACCUCGUAAAAUGUUCUUUUGAGUUUCUGGUGUAUUAUUAAAUAUAUACUUUUGAGUAAGUGAUAUAAGAAUAGUUCUUCCUUUUCAUGUUUUAUCU